AUGAUAACGCAAUCUUCACGAUACAAACAUGCUAUGAAACCAAGACAACGUGUUGAAUUCGAAGGAUAUUCAUUCGUUGUACCGGACUUGAAUUUCAAGGUUUUUUGAAGUUUUGUUUUUACUUGAAAACAUCUAAAAUGAUUCCAGGCACCGGUUUUGAAAUGUUGUGAAGGAUAUAAAAACGCUUCAACCAGCUUGAGAAAUCCAUGUUCGACGGAGUAUGACAACAUUGAUAAUUUUGUCGAUCCUGUCAGUGAUAAACCAAUCGCAACAAUUCCACCAUCUCCAAGAGUUGUUACUAAGUCUCCUGUUAUUUCUAUGUCGUCACAAAGAGCUCCAAUACGCGAACCUCAGGCAAUAACUCUUGAAAAUGAUGUUGAAGAUGGUAAUUUACUUUUAUUUUCUAUCUCAUUUCAAACAAAUCCAUCGUUUUUUAACCCAUGUUUACUACUACUCACAAAGUCACAAAUAUUCGUGAGUAUUUUGCGAUGCAUGGAAAAUAGAAAAUUACGAAUAAGAUUCGUAGGUUGGCCAAGAUUUCUAAUUAAUUAUAGAACUUGACUUAUGACGUAAUCAUACAUUUUUCAGAUGGUUGGGACAAUUUCGACUACGAAAGAACUGAAAAUCAAGGAUCUAUUGCAUCUGCACAUCCAUCAAUUGCUACUACAUCAACAAGUUAUCCACAAUUCAAUUCUGAAAAUGAAGAUGACGAUGCUGAUGUUUUUGACAGUUUUGAAGAAGGUCCAGCUAAUGUUGAACUUGUAAAUGAGCCGAUCACUGGGCACCUUGAAGAACAUCAAAACGAUGAAGAGGAAGAAGAUGUUGAGAUGUUGAGCAAUGAUAGUUUUGAUAACUUUGUACCACCAGCAAAAAUAUCGCCAAUCACAAAACCAACAACAGCCCCAAAACCAGGUGAUAACAAGAAACGACACGAUAUGCACGGACAAUUUCGUGGUUUUCUUCAGGAUGAUAGUGAGGAGUUCAAUGAUGAAUGUAAGAGUUUUCUUGUAUUAUUCGAGAUCUAAUUUUGUGUUCAAAUAUUUAUUUUUUCAGUGGCUGUUCUUGGUGUUGAUCUUCGUAACAAACUCUACGCGACUCUCAAAUCAAUGUUUGGUUUCAAUCAAUUCAGACAUCGACAGAAAAUGGCUAUUACAUCAAUUCUUAAAGGACAUGACACUUUUGUUUUGAUGCCAACUGGAGCGGGUAAAAGUUUAUGUUAUCAAUUGCCAGCAAUUCUUUCGGAUGGUGUUACAAUCGUUGUUUCCCCAUUGAAAUCAUUAAUUGAAGAUCAAACAUCGAAAAUGAGAGAAUUGGGAAUUCCUUGUGAACAAUUAACAUCAGAAUUAUCAACUGAUGAUCAAGAAAGUAUUUAUACCCGACUUGGAGCACUAAAACCAGAUAUAAAGUUAUUAUAUGUUACUCCGGAAAAGAUCAGCGCAUCAGGUCGUUUGAAUUCUGUAUUUUUCGAUUUACACAAGCGUGGACUUCUUGCUCGAUUUGUAAUUGAUGAAGCACAUUGUGUUUCUCAAUGGGGACAUGAUUUUCGACCGGAUUAUACAAAACUUCAUACUUUACGUGAGCGAUAUACAAAUCCAAAAGUUCCGAUUGUUGCUCUAACUGCAACCGCAACGCCGAAAAUUGUAACCGAUGCUCGAAAUCAUCUUGGAAUGAAAGACUCAAAGUUAUUCAUUUCAAGUUUUGUGAGAGACAAUCUGAAAUACGAUUUAAUUCCAAAAGCAUCCAAAUCAUUAAUCAAUGUUGUCGAAAAAAUGAAACAAUUGUACCCGGGAAAAUCUGGAAUAAUUUAUUGUUUAUCGAGAAAAGAAUGUGAAACUGUUCAAAUGAUGUUGAUCAAAUCUGGUGUUUCUGCCGAAGUUUAUCAUGCGGGAUUGAAUGAUACAACAAGAGUUACAGUACAGAGAAGGUAAAACUUCGUUCCUUUAGAAAAAAAAACAUAUGUUCAUUUUACAGAUGGCUAGCAAAUCGAGUUGAUGUAAUUUGUGCAACAAUUGCAUUCGGUAUGGGAAUUGAUAAGCCAGAUGUUCGAUUUGUAAUUCAUUACAGGUAUACAACAUCCCUUUUCAAUUGAAAUAUUGUGAUAUUUUAUCACGAGAAAUAAUAAUAAUCUUCUGGAAAAAUAACAAGUUUAAUCCAAAAAUUUAGAGAGAUUAAAAUGUUUCUAUAGAAAAUAUUUCCGCCUUAUGAUAACAAUAAUAAAAUUUAUAUUAUUUAUUUUCUAGUCUUCCAAAGUCGAUCGAAGGUUAUUAUCAAGAAACUGGUCGUGCUGGUCGAGAUGGACUUCCCUCAUAUUGUUUGAUGCUUUAUUCUUAUCAUGAUCAUAUUCGACUUCGAAGAAUGAUUGAAGAAGGAAACACAACAACCGGUGUUCGAAUGAUGCAUUUACAAAAUGUAUUGCAAAUUGUUGCAUAUUGUGAAAAUGUUUCAGUUUGUCGCAGAAAAAUGUUGGUCGAACAUUUCGGAGAAGUUUAUGAUGAACAAACUUGUCGAACCAGUAAAACACCGUGUGAUAUAUGUGAUAGAAAGCGAAAAAAUCCUGAAGCGAUUCGAUUGUUCGAUGUGAGCGAUGAGGCAAAGAUGUUGAUGCAAAGUUUGCCAAGAAUGCAAAAAACAACACUCAAAUAUUUAUCCGAAUUGUAUCGUGGUAAUUUGUGCAAGAAAUCGAGUGAACAAGCGAUGCGACUUGGUCAUACAUCUUUGCCAUUUUUCAAACGCGGACAAGGAAUGACUGAACAAGAUGCUUUGAGAUUUGUGAGAAAAUUAGUUGUUGAAGGCUAUGUUUAUGAAAGAUUAUAUUCUGCUCCAAAUCAAGCGGCUGCAGUUUUAGCAUACGCUGAAUUAACAGAAAGUGGAAGAGCAAUCGCAAGUGGGGCCAAAACUGCAAAAGUAAGAUUUUUCCUUAUUACUGAUUCUGAUAUUCUGAUUAAAUUGUUAAAAAUCACUAUUUUUAAUCUUUAAAGAAUUUUCUAGACAAAAGUUAAUGAAAUUUUUUGGAUAAGAUUAUAAAGGAAGCCAUUAUUUUCCUAGUAAGGAAAGAUCAUUUGAUGUGACCAUUAUGUAAUUUCUCAAAACGGUGUCAAACAUCUUACAUCUAAAUCAUGUUUUUUCCAGGUUUAUCUUCACAUUGUGACUUGUGAGAAAAAGAAGAAGACUAUUGGAAUGAUUGAAUUACCAAAUAUGAAUACUGUGUCUGAAGCACAAGCUCUCAAGGAAAAGUUAGAAUAAAAUUCCACAAGACUUAUGAUAAAUACGUAUAAUUUUUCAGACAUAUGGUGAAACAUGCUGAUGUGUUUUCUCGUUGUCUUCGAGAUCUAACACAAAUGUUGACUGCAUUGGCCGAAAGUAGUGGAUUAUCUGGACCGUAUUCAAUGAUAUCAAGAGAAGGAAUUGAACAGAUUGCCGCAUUAUUGCCAAGAACAAACUCAGAAUUAUUGAGAGUUGAUUCGAUGACUGAAAUGAAAGUCAAUCGAUAUGGGCAAGCUGUUAUGGAAACAUUGGCACCAUUUUGGAAACAGGUUGAUGGUGAGUUGAAUAAUUUCAAAAAGUUUAAAUCUAGAAAUAGAGGAUCUCAAAACCGGAAAAUUAUCACUUUGUUGAAAUAUUAAAAAUAAUGACGAAAACUGAUUUUGAAAUCAUUUUUCCAUAGCCGAAAACGUGAGAAAAUCGGAAUAAAUUAUAAUUUCUUCAAAAAAUAUAUUUGUGUACUUCUCCUUUUUUCAAAUAAAAAAAACUAUCAACAAAACACAUUUGCUAUAAACUACACUAAUCGCCUCAAAAACUUAUCUUAUCAACAAAAGAUUUUCGUACUCCGAAAAAAAUCAUCAUUUUUUCCAGACCGCGAAGAAGAGGAAAUGAGAAGACAGUUAGAAAAAUUGAAAAACGGCGAGAUUGUUAUGGGUGGAUUUGCCGAACUACCAGCUGGUUUACCGAUUCCUGGUGGAGCACCUUAUAAACCAAUAUUUCCAUCUCGUGGACGUGGAGCACCAAGAGUUCGAAAACGUGUCACUCCGGGGUGUGUUUUUUGAACUUUUUUAUUGAAAAUUAGGUGGAUGUGUUUUGUGUCAUUAGAUUAGUCACAAAUAAACAUGGCUAUGUAGUGAAUAAAAAUGACUAGGGCCUAAUUUGAAUUCUCCUCUUCUUCUCGCUUUUCUAUCUUUUAUUUCAUUCAAAGUUUUUCACGAAUUUCGUAGAUCAAAGUCACAAAUUUCAACGGAUUAAAAAUGUGUGCAAAUUUCUGAUUUGCAUAGCAUUCAUAUUAAUCAUGAAAAAUUGCAGGAAAAAUAUAAUUUUACUAGUUUUUUUCGUUGGGGAGUGGAAUUGACAAGUUUGUUAGAACGACUUUUACAUUUUCCGCGUAUUUUUUUUACUAUGAAAGAGUUUCCGGAAUCGGACAUCAAAAAGUGAAUCAGAAAUUUUUUAACCCCCGAAAUUCGGGGCCCGAAUCCCUGAAUAUAGAGAUAAAAAAUAUAUAAAAAGUUUUUUCAAUCCUAAAUUUUCGGAAAAAAAGUGGAAAUUUAAUGACUUCGAAAAAAUUCUCCCUUUAAUUCGUUUUCCAAACUUUUUGUCCCUCCCGAAAAAAAACUAAGAUUAAAUCAAUGUAUUUUUUUCAGAUCAAGUGGUCGUGCGACAAAGAAGCCCCGUUAUACAGCUCCUUCUUCAACAACAACAUCGUCACGCGGCGGAGGAGCAAAAAGAGGCGGAGCCAGUAGAGGUGGGAGGGGAAAAGGAGGAGCCGCAAAACCCACUGCAGCACUUUUUCCGAAUGGAAUGUUUUGA